UAAUAACUCAUCACUGUUUUGCACUAUUCACAAUAUACACACAUAUGGAUACAAAUUUUCACUACCAGUGGUGAUUUACUUUCUUUGUGCAGCAGAUUUCGUUUAAGCCAUCAAAACUGCUGAGUAUUUCAAGCUUCAAAUAAAAUAUUUCCGAAGUAAGUUAGAAACUUCAAAUCAACCGUACAGUUGAUUGCUGUGUUGCCGGCAGCGAUAGCAAGAUGGGGUCAUUAUUUCGCAGUGAAGAAAUGACCUUGUGUCAACUUUUUCUGCAGAGUGAAGCUGCCUACGCUUGCGUCUCAGAAUUAGGCGAGUUGGGUCUAGUGCAAUUCAGAGAUCUCAAUCCCGAUGUGAACGUCUUUCAACGCAAAUUUGUCAAUGAAGUUCGACGUUGUGAUGAAAUGGAGCGUAAAUUACGUUAUUUGGAAAAAGAAAUCAAAAAGGAUGGCAUACCAAUGUUGGACACGGGCGAGAGCCCUGAAGCUCCACAACCCAGGGAAAUGAUUGAUUUGGAAGCCACUUUUGAAAAAUUGGAAAACGAGUUGCGCGAAGUAAAUCAAAAUGCGGAGGCACUGAAACGCAAUUUUUUGGAAUUAACCGAACUAAAACAUAUUUUGCGUAAAACACAAGUAUUCUUCGAUGAGACGGUGCCUACAGUUUCUUACAAUACUUCCUCCUCCACUGCUACUUUUAAAACACGCUGGCGUUAUGGACGGAGACAGAUGGCCGAUAACCAGAAUGAGGAUGAGCAGGCGCAGUUGCUGGGCGAAGAAGGCGUGCGCGCCAGUCAGCCGGGACAAAAUUUGAAACUUGGCUUUGUUGCUGGUGUCAUUUUGCGCGAGCGUUUGGCCGCAUUCGAGCGGAUGUUAUGGCGCGCCUGUCGCGGAAAUGUUUUUUUGCGUCAAGCCAUGAUUGAGUCACCGCUGGAGGAUCCGUCUAAUGGAGAUCAGGUGUACAAAUCUGUGUUUAUCAUAUUUUUCCAAGGUGACCAAUUGAAAACGCGUGUCAAGAAAAUUUGCGAAGGCUUCCGUGCUACUCUCUACCCUUGUCCUGAAGCACCGGCUGAUCGUCGUGAAAUGGCUAUGGGUGUUAUGACACGCAUUGAGGAUUUGAAUACUGUGCUCGGUCAGACACAAGAUCAUCGUCAUCGUGUUCUGGUCGCUGCUGCUAAAAAUUUGAAGAAUUGGUUUGUCAAAGUGCGUAAAAUCAAAGCUAUUUAUCAUACAUUGAAUCUGUUCAAUUUGGACGUUACACAAAAAUGUCUUAUUGCUGAAUGCUGGGUACCGGUGCUGGACAUCGAGACCAUACAACUGGCAUUAAGGCGUGGUACAGAACGCUCGGGUUCAUCGGUGCCACCGAUUCUGAAUCGCAUGCAAACUUUUGAAAAUCCACCGACCUAUAAUCGGACCAAUAAAUUCACGAAAGCUUUUCAGGCCCUUAUUGAUGCAUAUGGCGUUGCCGCUUAUCGUGAAAUGAACCCAGCACCCUAUACGAUUAUAACUUUUCCCUUCCUUUUUGCUGUGAUGUUUGGUGAUCUCGGACAUGGCACACUUAUGGCACUAUUUGGUCUAUGGAUGAUACGCAAAGAGAAAGGCUUGGCUGCACAGAAGACCACAAAUGAGAUAUGGAACAUCUUUUUCGGUGGACGUUACAUUAUAUUCCUAAUGGGUGUAUUUUCCAUGUAUACUGGCCUGAUUUAUAACGAUAUUUUCUCAAAGUCUUUGAAUAUAUUCGGAUCGCACUGGCAUGUCAACUAUAACAAGACAACGGUGUUAAGCAAUAAGCAUUUGCAAUUAAAUCCUGGCACUGCUGAUUAUGAAGGAGACCCUUAUCCGUUAGGCAUGGACCCCGUUUGGCAGAUAGCCACAUCGAAUAAGAUUAUCUUUCAAAAUUCGUACAAAAUGAAGAUCUCAAUCAUAUUGGGUGUAAUUCAUAUGAUUUUCGGCGUCUCGUUGAGUCUACACAAUCACACCUACUUUAAAAACCGAAAUGCUCUGCUCUAUGAAUUCAUACCACAGUUGGUCUUCUUGAUUAUGAUGUUCUUCUAUUUGGCACUUCUGAUGUUCAUCAAAUGGAAUAGAUAUUCUGCAUUUAAUGAGCCUCCCUACUCGGCUGGAUGUGCUCCUUCGAUUUUGAUUACUUUCAUUGAUAUGGUUUUGGGCAAUACACCCAAACCUCCAGUCGGCAAGUGCGAAACCUACAUGUUUGCUGGCCAGUCGUUCUUUCAAAAACUGUUCCGUUUUAUUGCACUUUGUUGUAUACCGGUUAUGCUGCUUGGAAAACCACUAAAGAUCAUUCAAGAACGACGUCAAGCAAACCGGCAAAAUCUUACCGGCGCCACCAGUGAUGCUGAGGUGGGCAUGACCAAUGGCAUAGCUGGCGGAGUUGCAGGACAUGGUGGCGGUGAUCAUCACGAAGAGGAAGAGUUGUCGGAAAUUGCUAUACAUCAAGGCAUACACACCAUUGAAUUCGUAUUAGGAUCUGUUUCACACACUGCAUCGUAUUUGCGUUUGUGGGCACUCUCCUUAGCACACGCACAAUUAGCAGAGGUUUUAUGGAACAUGGUAUUGUCGAUUGGUUUGAAGCAGGAAGGGUGGACCGGUGGUAUUAUGCUGACUAUUGUAUUUGCUUUCUGGGCCAUACUAACUGUCGGCAUUUUGGUUUUAAUGGAAGGCCUGUCAGCUUUCUUACACACUCUACGUCUGCACUGGGUUGAAUUCCAAAGCAAGUUCUACAAAGGCACGGGAUAUGCUUUCCAACCAUUUGCUUUCGACCAAAUUAUUGAAAAUGGCGCCGCUGUCGCAGUUGAAGGUGCCGAGUAAAUCUAAACUAUUAAAUUUGUUUGGGUUAUUUGGAGUUCGCUACAAUGUUGGUUACGCCACAAGCACAGUACAUUAGAAAGGAAAAAUUUAUGCACACAUACAGUUAUAUCGAAAUAAAUAAUUAAAGAUGUAUUUAUGAAGUCAUGGGAUUUAAUGUAUAACAUACAUAAAUACAUAUAAAAGUUCAUCAACAAUCUUAGUAGAAUUGCAUUAACGAGAACAUAAUCACAUACAUAUAUAAAUAUAUAAUACAUAAUUAAUUUAAAAUCUAAUGAUGCUUACUGUCGCCUGCCUCUUAAACUUUCAAAUGAGAUUACUCCAUAUUUUACUCAUAAAUAUGUACAUAGGUAUGUAUUUUUAUGCUUCAUAUAAUUUUAAGCGGCACAAGAAUUUAUUACUUGAACGUUAAUUUUCAUCAGCAAAAUAAACUAUACAUAAAAAAAACGUAUAUACUUUCUAUGUACAUACACAGACAAACAUGAAUUUAAAAGCUUAGUUCGUUAUUUGCAGGUAAUCGGAAUAUGCAUUUCUAUUUUUUGUUUUAUAAUUCUAAACAUAAUAGCAAUUUCAUACAUUUUCUAUAUUUACUAAUAGUAGUCUUUAUAGAGUAUUCAAAACUAAAAUUAUAUACCAAAUAUCUUUAAAAGCCACUUUCUUAACAAAUCCUGUGUAAUGCAUUAAGCAAGCAUCUCAAAGUAAGAAGUCUAAUUCAUAGAAGAAAACAGGUUUGAAACUUAAGUGUAUUGUUGUAAGAAUCUCACCUAAAAUUGUUGCUUAAAUCAAAUUACAAAUUGUGUCUGUAAAGUUUUGCGCGCCAACUGCGCCACUGAGUGAUGGCUUAACUUAUUUGAGUAGCUUAUACUUGUCUGAAUAUAAUCAAAUACAAUGUAGUAAAAGUUAAAAAUUUGAAUAAAUGUUAUGGCAGCCACAUGGCGAAACGCAACAGA